CCGCUCGCACACGGAGCGCACGCCAUGGGAGGGACGGCGGGGCGCAGCCCGGAGCGCUGCCGCUUUCUGGACGCAGAAGCGGCCAAGGCGCGGGAGAAGGGCUGCCCCAGGUACCAGCUCUGCGGACUCCUCUUCAGCCUGCUGCUCCUCUCCCUCAUCCUGAUAUUUUUUGGUGUCAGGUACCUCUGGAACCCAGCGCCCAGAAAAGUCUAUGACAUGGAGCACACGUUCUUCAGCAACGGUGAGAAGAAGAAGAUUGUGAUGGAGAUUGACCCCCUGGCCAGGACAGAGACCUUCAGCAGCGGGAAUGGCAGUGAGGAGAUCCUGGAGAUCCAUGACUUCAAAAACGGAAUUACCGGCAUCUUCUUUGUGGGACUUCAGAAAUGUUUCAUCAAAACUCAGCCCAAAGUCCUGCCUGAGACAACAGAGGCCAAGAUCCCUGAGCUUGAGGGACAGGAAAUCACCACCACCUACUUUGAGCAGUCCGUGGUCUGGGUGCCUGGGGAAAAGCCCAUUCAGAACAAGGAGUUCCUGAGGAGCUCCAAAAUUUUUGACAUCUGCAAAAACGUGACCAUCUUCUGGAUCCACCCCACUCCAAUAGCAGCUCCUGAGCUGGCCAACCUCGAAGGGGCAGAAGAAGAAGAGCCUGAGCUGCAGAUGGACAGGCAGAGCUGGCUGGACGGGGGGAACGAACACGAGCUGGAGGAGAACACGAGGGCAGGGCCCAAGCGUCGGGCACGGCAGCUCACCGAGGAGGAUCUGCCCGUCAAUGACUACUCGGAGAACGGGCUGGAGUUCCACCCUCUGUGGGAUGAGCUGGGCUACUGCUGUGCCCAGUGCCGCCGUGCCCACCGCUACUGCCGGCGGGUGUGCGAGCCGCUGCUGGGCUACCACCCGUACCCGUACUGCUACCAGGGCGGCAGGGUCAUCUGCCGGGUCAUCAUGCCCUGCAACUGGUGGAUCGCGCGCAUGCUGGGCAGGGUGUAGCAGGGCACGGUGUAACCGGGCACGGUGUAACCGGGCAGGGCGUAGCGGGGCCGUGCCCAAUGCUGGGCAGGGUGUAGCCGGGCCGUGCCCGCUGCCCGCCUCCAGGAGCCGCUGGCACACCGACAGC